UCCGAAGACUGCUGGCAUAGGCUCCAGCACCCCCCCGCGACCCUGAGGGAGAAGCGGCUUAGAAAAGGAUGGAUGGAUUAUUUUAUUUGUCCCAUAAUCAUCUGAUCUCUCAAAAUGCGCCUCACUACUCCAGAUCAUUUUACUGUGGACUGCUCUCGUUUGACAGCCUGAAUUGAGGCUCGCAGAACUUUGGCGACACCUUGUGGCUGGUUUAGACAUUACGCGCAGUUUCCAGCAGACAAUGCGCUGUAGGGAGACCCUGAGGUCAAUCCGGGCUAAAGCGAGAUGACUAUGAUCGCCCGAGAAGCAUCUGUGGGUCUUCCACGACAGUGUUCCAGCAUAGAAAGUGCUCGGUUUGGGCCGCAGCCGUGCUUUCGACGUCAUCUCAAGCUUCCGGCUGUCAGCAAGCAGCCAUAGGACGUUUGACACACCCUUUAGCUGUGCAUACCUUCGCGAGAUCUUAAGACGCGCUCGCCGUGUGAACGGAUAACACCAAUGCCGUCUGGCAGUGUAGCAGACGCGCUUGGAGCGAGCUGUUAGCCGGCACCAACACCUGAAGCGAAGAAGUGAGGAGCUGCCGUAGUAACACAAAGCGGAUCACCAAAUAAUGGCACCGAGUUCUGUUGUUCAAGCCAUCAUAGACCUGUCUGCUGGAGCCUGUGGUGGUAUAGCAUGUGUACUGUGUGGCCAGCCGUUUGACACUGCCAAGGUGAAGAUGCAGACUUUCCCCAACAUGUACCGAGGCUUUGUGCAUUGCUUCAUGUCCAUCUCCAGACAGGUAGGCCUGCGUGGUCUGUACCAGGGAACCACCCCAGCUUUGCUGGCCAACAUUGCUGAAAAUGCUGUCCUCUUCAUGAGUUACGGCUUCUGCCAGAAUGUGGUUCGCUUCACGAUUGGAUUGGACAGAGGAGCCGAACUCAGUGACGUUCAGAAGGCCUGCUCUGGCUCUGUGGCCUCCAUCUUCUCCUCUCUGGCUCUCUGUCCCACUGAACUAGUGAAGUGUCGCCUGCAGGCCAUGCACGAAAUGGAAGCAUCUGGCAAAAUCACCAGUGGACAGAGAAACACAGUGUGGUCUGUAGUCAGGAAUGUCUUGAGGACAAAUGGUCCGCUAGGCUUCUAUCAAGGCUUGACCACUACAAUAGUACGUGAGAUCCCUGGCUACUUCUGCUUUUUUGGAGGUUAUGAGCUGAGUCGCUCUCUUUUUGCCCGCACCAUGGGAAGGGAUAAGGAGAACAUAGGGGUUGUUCCUUUGAUGUUCAGUGGUGGGUUUGGAGGGGCCUGUCUCUGGAUAGUAGUUUAUCCAAUAGACUGUGUCAAGUCCCGUAUUCAAGUGCUGUCCUUGGCUGGGAGGCAGGAGGGCUUCCUCAAGACUUUCAUGGGGAUUGUCCGAAAUGAAGGAGUGAGGCCUCUGUACUCAGGCUUGACCCCAACUUUGAUCCGGACGUUCCCUGCCAAUGGUGCACUCUUUCUGGCCUAUGAACUCAGUCGUAAGAUGAUGAUAAAACAGUUUGGUGUUUAAUUGUUACAACUGUAAAUUCAAAAGUUCACUUCAGCCAUUCCUUUGCACAGCAAAAGUGCUGAUAUUGUAACACACAGUAUUGCAAAGUCAGGGAAUACUUAUUAAUUUUAUAUUAUUUAAUUUUCAAAGGUGCUUCCAAUGCUAGCUGUUAUGUUUGUAGUAUUGAAAAAAGCAAUCACAGUGAUUUUACUCUGAACUGUGUUCUUUCUAGUAGCAAAAAGACUGUCAGCAUGAAUAUCAGGCAGUCAGCAUGUCUUGAAUCCUGUCUCCCUGUCAUUAAAUCUCUCUUAAUCUGUU